CUUUAGCGGCGGACAUUAGCAAGCCCAGUGAGAUCCGUGUGCCGUAACUGUCGCCCACUCGGUCACCCACAGGACAGACGCUGAGCUCUGGGUAGACAAAUUCAGCUGAUAACCAUACAUGGUCUCGGUGUGUAAUAGGCGGUAUUAGUGGGAACGGAAAUAAACAAAUCCUACCACAUGUGCGAUAAAUGUGGGUUAUAGGGAUGAAGAAGGCUAGGUACGAAGAAGACUAGGUACGCUAGGUAUCAACAUCUCUGAAGAAAAGGAGAAGCGGAGAAGCCCGUGGGAGUUUGACAACACAGUUCAGUGAGAUCGAACCGAUUUCAUCCAUACACAUGUGUCUGUGAAGCCAUGGCGUUAUGGAUGUCAACUGAUCACGUGGAACAAAGGCGACAUACAGUGUUGAGUCGAUCUGAGUUCCCCGAUAAAUUCUGGAAUCUAUUGCUGAUUUUAAUAUUCAGCUGUCAAGUGGUGGUAGAGAGCAAAGGGGAAUUUGAUUACCUGGCCGUGUUUCUGCCUCAAGACGAGAGCGCACGUUUUGGAGGGUUCAAUUUACUGGAAAUCUCUGCAAAGCAGGACACCGUCGUUUUCAUAGAAGUGCCGUACCUGAAUUUACGGGACACAUACACGAUUUACGCUGGCAAACCCAAAACGUUCUCCUAUCCGAAUAGACUGCGGACAGCCCUACAGGAAUUUCACUCCAAAAAGGCAGUCCACAUCCGAUCGUCACGACGCGUGACAAUAAAAGGUAUGAAUGCCUUGGCGACGUCAGCUGACAGUUUUCUGGCCCUCCCUAUUACUCAGGACUUUACACACUUUAGGACAAUUUCUUAUACUCAGUCAAACGUGAUCCCACGAUGUGUACUAACAAUCACUUCUUUGCUAGGAAAGAACAGUGUUAACAUCGCCUCCACAAGACAGGCAUUUUUCCGCUACAGGGAACGCUAUUACAGGAAUGGAGAAACGUUGCGAAUCAAACUGGAUGGCCUGGAAGUAGUCCAGGUGGAAAGUUAUGACGUCACCGGGCUGCUCGUGACGUCGUACACUCCUGUGGCCGUGUAUUCCGGGUGUAACUGUGUAUCGGUUCCACGAUUCUCUAGGGACUGUGAUCACAUCGUAGAACAAAUGCCCCCACUUACCACAUGGGGUACUGAGUUUGUGUCUGGUGCCAUAACUCCCAGACAAAGCGGAGAAAUUUUCCGGGUGUUGUCUUCGUGCAACGCAACACAGUUGCGGGUAAACGGUCACGGUUAUGGCGCGGUCAACGAAGGCGAAUUCCUUGAGUUUAAAAGUAAAGCUCUGGAUGUUACAAGAAUAGAGUGCAGCAAUCCGUGCCUUGUGGCUCUGUUUAUCCAGGGAAACUCAGUGGAUAACAGGGCUGGCGAUCCAGCCAUGACAGUUUUGCCGCACACGGGACAAUGGGUGUCCUCAGUUAGCGUAUCCUGGAGUAUACACGAGGAGAGACAAACAGAGGUCUCGCGGAUACUGAGCCCUAUGACCCAUUAUGUGAUGGUGAUAACGAAGUCUGCUCACAAGGCAGGGAUUCUAAUGGACGGCAAAGUUCUUGGGACUGGGCGGAGGUGGACGGGAAUCCCCAACACGAAUUAUUCAGUGUCAGUCUUUCUGCAAGAUCUUGGAAAACAUCAAAUACAACAUAUUAAUCCUCGUAUAAAGUUUGGACUAAUCUCAUAUGGACUUGGUGCCGGGGUGUCCUACGCUCACCCAGGAGACUUGGACUUGGAACCUAACCCUGCCCGAGGCUGUAAAAUAACCAACAUUCCAGGGCCAGCCGAUCUCCGCAGUGAAACUUUGCCAGAUGUGGAGGUGCAGCGUUAUGAUAACUUGCCUGUAGUGAUUUCGUUGGCAUGCCUCUGUGUGGUACUUGUGGCGAUCAUGAUUUUCUCCGUGAAAAUUAUUCUCAGAUUAAGAAGAAGCGUUCUUCAACUUCAACGACAAGAAAAAAUCAUCAUCGUGCCCAGAUCGAACCGUGCAUUUCAACCGACGAUUGACAGAAACGUUUCAACUGCCCCAUAUAAUGGAAGCAGAGGCGUAAAUGACAGGCUCCCAGUAACCCCGCCUCCAUAUAUUGAAAUACUGGACGACCCUUGACCUCUACAGCGCAUGCCAUCUUGUCGUCCUGCUGGUGCGUGCAUGAGUUUAAUCUGGGUCAUGGCUGCAAGGUGUAACCGAUGAGAGCUAUUUCAUCGGAAUGUAAAUUACCUAUACGGAUCAUAUUACUACCCCCUGAAUAUUUUCUUGCUAUGACACGAGGUGGUAGGAGUAAACCAAACCAAGUUGAGAAUUCUUGGUGAGAAUUCUGGUAGGAGCCUACCAGCUUUAUUUUGCUGCGUGGUUGCAGCUUUAAUGGAUCUACGCAGUUCAAGUGCGAAGGAAGAAAAUAUUUACGGACUGUGAUAGAAAGCUAUUAUUUGAUAUUUUAAAACAAUUCAUAUGUGACAUUACUGGCCAAUAUCGUUUUCGGAUAAUAAGAUCUCAUACCCAUUUGAAAGAUGAGGCGUAUGUUUUCUUCCUCCAUGGACUACAGCAGAUAUGAGAGAGGAGUGAAAGCGCAAGCAGACGACUUGAAAUGUCGUCAACAACCACAGCUUUCUGUAUGCUAAUGAUUACGACAUUUUCCGGACAAGCAAUUCCGACUUACGCUUCAUCCAGAGCAGAACAUAGUGAUUGAAUCCUGUAGGUCCUACACUGAACCCGAGGUACCUCUUUGGCACACACCUAGUCGUUGAUAUUAAACUAACCCAAAUUCUUGGAAGUGUGAGAAAUUCUAGGAAGAGGAGAGAGAUCAGUGCACCAGACUGGUUCAUGGUAUUCUGCGACAGAUUGCCAAUUUUCUAUAACAAUAGCAGGAAAAGCUUUAUUAACUUGGAAUCGAACUGUUUUUGCAACGUCCGUCUUGAAUUUUCAGAGAGUAAACAACCAUGAGACAUGCCUUACAUGAUGACGUGUUUUGCACUAUAAAUAUAAUGGAAUUAAGUAUGUAUCUAUGCUUAAAUGCUGUGUGAACUACAGCUUUAAACAACGAUAUCAUAACAAGAUUUCUGCUUUUAAAAAAGUGUUUUUUUAUACACUGUAGAAAACGUACUGAUUUAAUAUUGUACACCUUGAGAGGACGGUAAAUUCUAUAUUAAUACGGCUAUAAAAUCAACAAGCAGUUUAAAGUCAUGUCAUUCAACAAAAGCUUUUACUCUGUCCGAGAAAAAAGACUUAUUUGAAGUUGCAUAUUUUCGAAUUCUUUCCUUCGAAGGUAUAUAUACUGAUUUGGGAACUUACUAUAAUCACUUACUUAUUUAUGACAUGUAUUUGUUUUGAGCUGCAAAUUUAUAAACUCGCUUCAGGUGAAUAGUCAACAUUCUAGUAUAAUCCUGCUCUAUUAUGAAAGAUAAGGCUGUUUUUUUUACUAAGGAUAUGCUAUAGAGUAAUGAAUAGGUUCUCGGCAUUUAUGUAUGUGCUCAAUUUUUCUUAGUCAUCAGGUAUAAUUCAGUCAAAAUAUCGCUUGACAGUUUCCAUGGAACUCCUUCAUCUACCCUUGGAGUUGGUGCUGUACAUCUUUAAUUAUAUUGAUACUGGUGUAUAGCGCAAAUGCGUACCGGUACGCAACAUUAUCAGAUAACUGAACACAUUUUCCCCCUAGUGUUGUAAUGAAAGACAACACUGACAAAACUAUACCCUUGUGCGCUUUUUCUUGGCAAUAUUAUAUCAAUUUUACUGGAUACAUUAAAUAAGGAGACGCAUUGAGCAAUCCAUAAUGAUAAACCAGUGCGAAAUUCCUCCGCAAUAUUAUCUAAUAGCUGACCGACAUGGCGUUCUGAUUUUGCCGACAGAACACAUUAAUGUGCUAUAGAAAAAGUAGACGUGAGGAAUCGCAACUCAGCGUGAGGGGACGAUCCAGGCCCAUAUUCGCAAGACCUAUUUCCAAAACAACUUACAACACCAGUUCUCAAAGCAAUAUGUGAGAAAUGAUAUUUAAAUUACAAAUGAAACUGGUAUCAUGUAGGUGAGAUCA